CCUAUCCUUUUCCAUCUCUUUCUCUUUCUCAAUCUUUUUUGACAUUCCUUUUGCUUUAUAUUGUUGUACUAAUUUCUAUAUGGGUUUUGGUGUCACUAUCACUGCUCUUCAAAGCUUGCAACUUUUAUUUUGAUACAGCAAAAAAACCAUGAAGGGUGAGUCCAAAGAUCCAGCUUUCAAGCUCUUUGGUAGAAAGAUUCCGGUGCCUGACACUCAGUUUCCGGCCGAACCACUAGCCAAGGGCAGCUGCAGUGACAUAACAAAAUUAGAAACUAAGGAUGCUAGUGAAGAAAACUCAGAAGAACCUGAAAUCUUCUCUGCUUUAGGACAAGGUGAGGAAGAGAUCCAAGCUGCAAUGCAAGUGAAUGAGACAGAAGUAAUUGCUAAGCCUAAGGAAGGUCAGCUGGAGACUAAUGGUACAGACAAAGAGGGAGUCUUCAAGAAGCCAGAUAAAAUUCUACCAUGUCCACGAUGCAACAGUUUAGACACAAAAUUCUGUUACUUCAAUAACUACAAUGUCAACCAACCGAGGCAUUUCUGCAAGAAUUGCCAAAGAUAUUGGACAGCUGGUGGAACAAUGAGAAAUGUCCCUAUUGGUGCUGGCCGUCGGAAGAAUAAGCACUUAGCUACUCAAUAUCGUCAGAUAUUAGUAUCUUCUGAUGGAAUGCCUAUUGCCAGGAUGGAAAACUCAGACUCAGCCGGUCACCAACUUUCAUCAUCUGUUGAAUCUGCGGCCACUUUGAGUCCCUCAACGGCAAAUGGGACGGUUCUAAAAUUUGGUCCUGAAGCACCUCUUUGUGAUUCAAUGGAGACCGUGCUUAAUCUUGGAGACCCAAAAAGAAAUGUUGAGAUGAGUUCAGUCAAUUAUCAAGAUAAUGGAGAGGAGCCGCCCUCAUGUGGAUCAUCCAAGGCACCUUUCAUUGUUUGUGAAAAUGAAUUGCCUGAAAAUAUUAUGCAGGAGCAAGUUGAUCUGCCAGCAUCUUCUAACAACCUCAGCGCUCCACAUUCUCUGCUUUGUUAUUCUGUUCCUUCAUGGGUUUUUCCUUGGAAUCCAGCUUGGAAUAACGAUACUUCCAUGGCUGCAGCUCAGUACUCCUCUGGCCAGGCUUGCAUAACAAAUGUUCCCACUCAAGUUCAAUUGUGCCCCACACCAAUGUUGGCAGUUCCCAGCAUUUGUCCGCCCAACAUUCCUUUGCAAUUUGUACCUGCUUCUUAUUGGGGUUGCAUGCCCACAUGGACUGCUGGAACUGGAAAUGUACCACUGUGUGGAUCGAAUGGCUGCCUUUCUCCAUCAUCCUCUACCACCACCAGUUAUUGCUCGGGAAAUGGCUCACCAAAAUUAGGCAAGCAUUCUAGAGAUUCAAAAUUUAUGGAUGAAGAAAAGACAGAAAAAUGUAUAUUGGUUCCGAAAACUCUGAGAAUUGAUGACCCAAGUGAGGCUUCAAAGAGUCCUCUAUGGGCUACAUUUGGUCUCCCGCCUGACCAGAAGGAUCCCACAUCAAAAGGUUCUAUAUUCAAGAAUUUUGAAACCAAAGCAGAAGGCUGUGGUCAUGUAUCUGAUGCCACUAAUGUACUGGAAGCAAACCCGGCAGCUCUUUCUCGCUCUCAAACCUUCCAGGAGAGUGGCUAAAGGACACCUGCUGAAAUUUUGAACGGUGAACCUCACUCCCAUGAUCCUCUCUAGGCAUAUCAUGGGUACUUGGGCUUCCCUUCAAUUUGCAUGCAAUUCCUGCUGAUCUAAUUCUGAUUAAGCCUGAAAGACGAGUUCUUCGAAAUCAAAUGCUGGAAUAUAAGCAGCAGCGCUGUCAACACAUAUCUCUUCAAGUCAACAUUGUAAAUAAUAGGGGUUGUUAAAUGAGUUGUUGCAGCCUAUCUAGAUUCAACUAAUACACUCAUAUGCCUCUUUUACUGCUUAGAUUCAGCAGAAGAAUAAGAUGAAGCUCCGUCUUGUAUGUGAAUUAGAAGGCUAACCAAUGUUUUCUGAAGCUGGAGGAUCUUUUCUGAAAUUCUGUAACUGUGUUCUUGUUGGCCAUACCUCAACCACGUCGAGCGGAAUGGUAAAUCUCUUCCGGAGUUUGUAAAGACCAGUGAUUUAGGACUUCAUCUAAGGUUUCGACUUCUGUGUAAAUUUGUCCGGAAGUUCUUUUAGCCUGCUAGGGUGUUAUUAAACAUGACGACUCCAUAACAUGGUACAGGGACCAAUCCUGGUUUCAAAGCAAA